AUGCAGGAUCCAACCACACCCUACUCCUCCUCCCGCCCACGCCUCAGGCUAUCCAGAACUAGCCCAGCAGCCAGCCCCAUGGACUAUACCCCCCUCGCAGGCCCCUCCCAUGCCCUUCUCCGACCCCCAUAUGGCGCACACCACGAGGCCACGAGCGACGAGGACGUCCCCACCCCGCGCAUGGGCACCGUCAACAUGCUCUCCCCCGCUCCCUUCGCCAACACCAUCGAUCUCUCCCCCACCGCAGAGACACAGACCCCCGCAGCCCGCCUCCGCGCCCUCCUCCGCAAAGACAAGGAGAUGUCCGCGUCCAGCACCCCUCGCCCCCGCGCCCCGUCGUCCGCAUCUGCGUCCGAUGCCGAGUCGGAUAUGGACGUGUCCCGCGCGAGCCAGGGCGCGAGCCUCGCGCGCUCGUCGCUCCGCAGCCUGUUCAGCCAUGCCCUGCGCGACGACACGCCGAGGAAGAACAGGGACAAGGAUAUGCGGGGAGGAGGCAGGCCGAGGCGCAACAGUGCCGACGACAGCCUCGAUUUUACGCCCGUGGCGAACGGGGGGAGGCAGAAGCUGAAAGGGAAAGGGCGGAAGAGCAUGAGCGACGAGGAGGUCGACAGGUCUUCGCAUUCCAUCCAGGCCUCCGAUGUGACGCGCAGCUCGAGGGCGUCGACGUGGGAUGCCUUGCGUGCGCGCCUUGGAAGGUCCAAAUCCCAGCUUCUGGAACAAGAUAUGCCUACGGGCAUGUUCAACUCCGACAUGUCAACCUCGGAUGCCAGACUCGACUCGGAUGCGGGUGACAGUCGGCGACCCCCUCCUGCGCCGCCCUCGGAGCCCGAAACAGAAACAGAGACGGAAACGGAAACAGAACCCGAGCUCGAACGUGAACGCGAACACCACGAACACCAGCGCAAACACGAACCGGCCUCGUCGACACCGAACGCGUCCUCCCCGCCGCGCAGCCCGCCCACGCAGUCGUUCCACUUCUCGCAGUUCGCCGCUCGCUCAAACCUGCUGGACCAAAACUCGGAGAUGCACAGGGCGAUGCACGAUCUCGACAGCGCGACGGCGACGAACCCCGGCGAAUCCGACAUCGACGUGCCCGCGCGGGCGCGCGCCGCUUCUACCACCCCCGCGAAGACGCCCGCGACGGAGCGCGUGCGCAAGCUCUCGGCUGUUAAUGCGCUCUCCAAGCGCAAUAGCGCGGACUUGUCGAAUCGCCCGAGUACGUUGCGGUUGAAUUCGGAUAAGGAGAAUAAACGGAUGGGGGUGGAGGGUUUGGCAGGAUCUCGACCCGGAUCCGCGCUGUCUACUCGUGAAACCUCGACCCCCACGCACGGCCAAAACGACAUCACACAGGAGCGCGAGCGCGGAUGGAACCGCCACGUCUCCCAUGGCGCGUCAGCGCACAAGCACGGGCCUUCUUCCACUACUACCGCCGCAGUGUCCUUCCCCGGGAGCCCCGCCGGCGCGGGAGGAGGGAGCCGCACCGGCUCGCCUGCGCCUGCGCCUGUUGUGUCGCUCAAUGAGGAGACGCUGCACCGGCGGGACAGCAAUGCGUCGUUGCGCAGUCCGAUGUCGGACGCGGGGUCGAGGGCGGGGUCGAGGCUUUCUUUCCACGAGACGAGCCCGAGAAUCAACCCAGAGCAGCAGCGCAACAAGCAGCGCGAGCGCGAGUGGAACAAGCGCACGACGUCUUCCCCCGCGGUGGCGACUUCGACCCCGGCCCGGCCCGCCUCUGUUUCUUUAUUUGGGGGGAACGAGUCGCCGUCGCAUUCGCGCUCGAACUCGAACUCGAACUUCAACAGCAAUAGCAACAACAACGCGCACUCGACACCGCACAACCACGUGCACCCGCGCGCACACUCGAUCCCCACGCGCCCGACGUCCACGACACCGUACACGGCGCCGACGUUCGCGUCGCUGCGCAGACAGUCGUCGAGCUCGUCUAUGAAUGGCGAGUUUAGCGCUGCAGCGUCGUCCUACCCGUACCCGUACGGGCCCUACGGCGGUGGCGGUGGUGGGAUGGCGGACGGCGAACACCAGCGCGCGAGCUCGCCGACGGGCUCGAUCGCGAGUAUGAGCAGCAGCCGCACGUCGUCGGUGUCGGUGUCGGUGUCGGUGAGGGAGGUGGAGGACGAGGAGCAGCGUGUGGUGGCGAGGGAGCGGGAGAAGAAUUGGAAUGCGCGGAGGCCGGAUUGGAGGGUGAGUGCGAGUCGGAGGAGGGUGGUGAGUGGGGGGUUUGCGGGGAGUGUGAGUGGGGCGAGCGAUGCGGGUGGGGGUGGUGACGGUGGUACGGGUGGGGGUGGGGGUGGAGGGAGUCCAGGAGGGGGGCUGGGGUUGGGGGUUGGGGCGGCGCCGAAUUCGUAUAUGCGCGCGAGGUCGGUUUCGCUUGUGAAUGGGAGCGGCAGUGGUGGGGGGACGCUGAGGCGGAAGUCGAGUGGGCUGGGGAUGCGGGUGGGCGGGGACGUGAACAAGAGUACGCCGGAGAAACAGAUGAAUCGGAGGUCGAUGACGCCUGCCACGCCCGCUACGCCGCCGCCGCCUGCGAGAUCGGCUUCAGCCAGAGGUGCUGUUAAACCUGGGACACCGGCUACGCCUGCGACACCGCCGAGUGUCAACGGGCGGUAUACGCCCAAGACGCCGGAGACGCCAGAGAUUGGAGGAAGCGCGUCUCGUCCCUCGAGCGCUGCAGCGUCCAAGUUUGGAUGGCAGUACUCCCGGUCCCGGUCGCCCCUUCCGCCGCUGGAGAGGGAGCAUCUGGAUAGCGUCGGUGCGAGUAACGGUGCCAGUCCGACGCCGUCUACUUCUUCUGCCAAGAAGGGCGAUCUGUCGACGAUGACGGCCGCGACGCCUGCGGGGAGCCCGCAGCGCGUGCGGAGUUCGCCAUCGCCGGCGGGUGCGAGGAGGGUGGUUAAUGGGAAGGGGAGUAUGAUUCCUGUUCCGCUGCAUUUCAAGACGCAGGCGGGGCGGUCGGGCGAUGCUCGGGCACGGCAGAAGCAGAAGCAGAAGCAGGCGGCGGCGGCGCAGGACGAAGAAGAUAGCCUGUUUGAAGAGGGUGAAGGCGAAGAGGAGCGGUCGAUGGAUUCGGGAAUGGAGUCGAUGGAUAUGGAUCUUACGGGUGUCGGGCAGCAUGUGCCGCCGCCGAGGAUCAAUCUGACGACGGACGAGGGGCACGAGGAGGAUGUGCUGCGUGCCUCCGACGAAGAGUCGGCUGAGCGCGACUUGUACCCCGACUCUGAAUCUGAGGUGGAAGCUGAAACCGAACCAGAGCCCGAAUCUGAGCCGGAACCAGAGCCCGUCGAGGUCGACGAAGACGGAUUCCUGACGGAGUCAGAGAUAGCGCUGCCUGCGUCCCCGCCCGAGUCGCCGCCGCCGCGCAGAAUCUCCGUUUCACCCGAAGACAGACAGGUCUCGGACGAGGCUAGGCUGCAACGAGCCAUUGGUGGUGGCUCGGCUAAUGCCCAUGCCCAUGCCCAUGAUAAUAUUGCGACAUCCAGAACUAAAACCCGAACUCCGCCUCUUUCUUCAUCGUCUCCUCCACCUCCAGCUUUACCUCAAACUCGCACUCGAACGCGAACUCACUCGGAUACCCCACCGUUCGAAGCGGUCCCUCUUUCCAUCCCCUCCACACCCCCAAUGCCCGUUCGCGCCCAUGCCCACGCUUCUUCUAUGCCUAUGACGUCCACGCCGUCUGGCUCGCCGCCGAUUGUCGGCGAGGAAAUCAUGUCCCCGUCCAUCCUUGUGACGCCUCCGCGAAGGGGGGACGCGUCGCUGAGCGUCAUGGAGUUUAUGACGCCGUCGCCGCCGCAUGAGCUGCCCGGGCCGCCGCUCCCGCCUGCUGUGUUUUCGUCGGAUGAAGACGAGGGGAGAGGCGCUGGCGCUGGCAUUGGCGGCGGCGGCGGCGGCGGCGGCGGCGGGUGGUAUAAGCCCGAUUCGUCUUCUGAGGAUGAAGCCCCGGCCGAGGUCGACGAGAGGUUUAUGACGCCUGCGCAGCCGCCCUACGAGCAAAAUCCGAAUUGGACGAUGAUGAAGACGCCGCAUCCGCCUGGGUGGUGGGCGCCGACGCCUGUGCCUGCCGCGCGACAGAAUGUCAAUCACGAUUCCAAUAUGAACGGGAAUGGGAACGGGAACGGGAACGGGAAUGGGAAUGGGGUCGAGCAGAGCAUGUCGGCGGAGUCGACGCCCAAGAUGAACUCGCUCGAGCUCCCGCGGAUCAACUCUGACUUGUCUCCGUCCGUGGGGAACGACUCCGACUCCGGCGACAGGCAAGACAGCGCGUCUUCUCAGGUUGGCGAAAACGGUCUCCUCACGCCCGCGCAGUCGCUCUCGCGCGCGUACACGCUGCCCAUGUCUACGAUGCGUACGCCCGCGCCGCCCGGCGCGUGGAUGGCGACGCCGGUGCAGCCCUCGGCUGCUGCCGAUGCUGAGCAGAGCGAGAGGCGGUUGCGCAGCGCGAUGAAGGUCCGGUUUGACGUGACGGACUCGGAGAUGUCGGCGGCGGAGAGCACGAUGAGCUCAAUUAGCCCUGCGCCGCCACAGCAGACGAGGACGCCGCCGCCGGACGAGCCGGUUACGCCCAAGACGGCGGGGGUAGUGAGGGAGGGGGUGGAGGUGCAGCGGUCGCCGAAGAAGUCGCCGGGUGUGCAUCUUGUGGACGAAUAUGGUCGGCCACGGGAGAACGGGGUUGCGAAUGGUGCCGCGCUCGCGCUGGAGCAGGCGAAGGUUCGCGUGGUCGAUGCGAUGGGGCGAGAGAUCGUCGAGCCUCCUCGUGAAGAGCCCAAGAUCAAAGUCGAGCCCAAAACGGAACCAAAACUGGAACCAUGCACGAAACACCUCACCCGCGCGGCCCACAUCCGCGUUCCCUCCGCAGCGUCGAUGUACGACAGCGACGCGUCGCUCUUCUCGGACGGGCCGUCGAUGCACCUCACGCGCAACGAGGCGCUCGCGCGGAUGAAGCAGCAGCUGCGCGAGCUCGCGAGCGGGCUGAGCGAGGCGGACCGCUCGGCGGACGAGCUGUCGCUCGACCGGAGCCAUAUCCAGGAUCUCGAGGAGGUGUCGAGGGCGGCGCGGCGCGCGCGGGAUGUGCUCGCGCAGAACUUGCAGGCGGUUGCUGGGGGCGCGGAUACGAAGGGGCGGUUUGGCGCGGUGAGGGCGCGGUUGAGGAGGGGGCUUGAUCCUAGCAACUUUUUGGGGUCGAAGGCUUGGGUUGUCACCUCGAUAUUCAUCCAGGUUGUUCUUGUAUUCAUCAUGUGGCGAUUCGCCCACGCAGAAGCGCGCAGGCUCUUCUACUCGACUUAUUAUGAUCCCUUUUAUCCCGAACUAGAUACCCUAACCCCACGACGGCCCUACCCAUUCCCCGAGUCUUCGAUCUUGAACGCGUACGAGGUGGUUCGCCGCGAAGGGCUCGCCGAAGCCUGUCGCGUGCUAGUACGCACAUUUAAGCAGCUGGGCAACGAUGCGUGGCAGCGCUGGGGCGAACAGCCUUAUACAGGGGUGUGGCCGCCGUCGUGAUUGAAGAGCUGUUUUUGGGAGUAUUUAUCACAUUAUUUCGUUAUCUCUUUUUUGUUUUUUCUCUAUUCUUCUCUAUAUCUCCUCUUUCCUAUCACCUCCCAUCUCUCACCGACCCCCGACGCUCGUUUAGCUUCUUCUAUCUUAUUCCUGGAUAUAUCGUUAUCAAAGAGCAACCUCGACGUAGGACCGCCCAACUUGUUUUCAUUUCCUGUUUUCUAUCGUUGUUUUCAAUCAUGCAAACUCUCUCGUCUGAUUUAUGAUUAUGAUUUUCUCUCUCUCUUGUUU